AUGUCCGACAGCCAGGUAGCGACUUGGACCUGUCCGGCCUGCUGCAGCAAGAAACCAAAAGGCAAUAAUAUAAACACACCAGUUCGCAAGGACCUCAGCCCGCCAAUUGAUAACAUAACCCGGAGGAAAGCCCAGCUACGCCCAGUUGACCAGUGCGGCUCUUGCCUGACCAGGGCCGACCUGACAGAAAUCGUGCGCCGUGAAAUACGUGAAGCGAUAAGCGAAUCAAAAAAGGACAAUAGGGCCUACUUUGAUGCUCAGUUCAAGGACUUUAACCAGAAAAUGGCUAAGUUUGAGUCUUCUCUUGAGUUCAUAAAUCGCCAGUACGAGGAUUUCAAAAAGGACUUUCAAGACGGCAAACCGGAACUCCAGCGACUUGCGGCUGAAAAUAACCACCUCAACACCACAGUGCAAGAGCUGACUGUCCGUCUUAACCAGCUGGAACAGCAGGCACGCGCUAGCAACGUGGAGAUCCAGUGUGUUCCCGAGCACAGGGGCGAAAACCUCGUAUCUUUAGUCCAGCAACUCGGUUCGACCAUCGAACACCCGGUGCAGCAGCAUGAAGUUCUACAGUGUACGCGUAUUGCCAAACUUAACCCCAGCAACCCAAGACCACGUUCCAUACUAGUCAAGUUUCCAUCACCGCGCCUUCGAGACAGCUUCAUCGCGGCUAGUCGCAAGUAUAAUAAAACCCACGCCAAUGACAAGCUAAAUACGAGCCACCUGGGCAUAGCAACAACACAAAAAUCGCAAGUGUUCAUAGUUGAGCACAUGACCAAAGAAACCAAAGAGCUUCAUUUGGCCGCAAGGCUUAAGGCCAAAGAGAUUGGCUAUGCCAUGGUCUGGGUCACAAAUGGUCGAGUAUACCUAAGGAAAUCUGAAGGCAGUGAGCACAUUUGGGUUAAAAACCUAGAAACAAUAAAAAACUUAAAGCAAUAA